GGAUCGACCUCACCAAGGCGCAAAGGCACCCGGGGGCCACCUCGCCUGUGUGAUGACUUGACCGUGUGAAACUCGGCUUGGAGAAGCAGUUUGGAUGCUGAGUGCGAUUCAGAGUGUCCCGCCGCGAAGCUGACAGACCGUAAAAGCUGAAACUGAAGUUAAAAAAACCAAACAAACAAACAAACAAACAAGGACUUCAGGUUUCUCUGGUGAACCGCGGCGCGUCCCACUUCUCUCUGCAGCGGGUUGGUUCCGACGCACCGACUUGUUGCCCCAGCUGAGCUCUGAGGGGCCCGCGGCUGUCGUGUUGCGUGUCCGACCUACAAGUCAGCGACAGGACUUAAAAGCCUGCUGUAAGGAUGAUGUCCUACAUAAAACAACCCCAUUACACCAUGAACGGGUUAAACUUGCCUGGCCCCGGAAUGGAUGUGCUUCACACAACCGUCGCUUAUCCAUCCACACCCCGGAAGCAGCGCAGGGAGCGCACCACCUUCACCCGCACACAGCUGGACAUCCUGGAGGCGCUGUUCUCCAAGACCCGCUACCCAGACAUCUUCAUGAGGGAGGAGGUGGCCCUCAAGAUCAACCUGCCUGAGUCACGUGUGCAGGUUUGGUUCAAAAACCGCCGUGCCAAGUGCCGUCAGCAGCAGCAGCAGAGCAGUGGCCAGUCCAAACCCCGCCCUCCCAAGAAGAAGGCCUCUCCAGUGCAGGAGCCCAGCGCCCCUGAUCCUGUUCCUAACCCAUCUAGCUCCUACAGCCCCUCUUCUGUCCAGUCAGGCCCCACCCUGGCUCCAAGCUCCAGCACAGGAAACACUGCUGUGUCCAUCUGGAGCCCGGCCAUCUCACCCCUGCCCGACCCCCUGGCCUCCUCCUCGGCCCCUUGCAUGCAGCGGCCCUCACCUUACCCUAUGAGCUACGGCCAGCCGUCCGCUUACACCCAAGGCUACGCCAGCACCACCUCCUACUUCACCGGCUUGGACUGCAGCGCCUACCUGUCCCCCAUGCACUCACAGCUGUCGGGCACCGGGGGCGCUCUCAGCCCCAUCACUGUGCCCUCAAUGGGGGGCUCUCUAAGUCAGUCCCCAGCCUCACUGUCCUCACAGGGCUACAGCACAGCCUCCUCCCUGGGCUUCACCUCUGUUGACUGCCUGGACUACAAGGACCAGCAGGCCUGGAAACUGGGCUUCACCACAAUGGACUGCCUGGACCACAAAGACCAAAACUCCUGGAAGUUCCAGGUGCUCUAGAAAGCAAGAAAGGGUGGCGUUCAUGUGUGUCCUGUGUCCCACGUGAGAUAGUGUGAGGCAGUUCUGCCAGGGACCUGUUAUCUUUGAUUCUCAGUUUCUUGUUUGUAAGAUUUUGUUUUAUUUUCUAAAGGUGACUUCUGUAGAAAUACAUUUUAUUCGAGCGACUUUGGAGAUGAGAGGACUGUGAGUGACAGUGACUGUCAUUAAUGCUGCCUGACUGCAAAUCAGGUCUGUUGUCCUCUUCAUGCUACGUUAAGUAAGAGAACAAAAGGGUUGAAAGAGUCUGCAGGGAGAGACCGGAGUUCUACGUAUGGAAACACACUGAGCCAUCUCUUCUUUUGACGUGACUAGUGACUCAGCCACAUGAACACUACACUCACUACAUUUUGUUUUAAACCUGCAUUACCAUAUAGUGAAAGGAGAACUGCUUUAACAUGAAGGGGCUCUCAAGUCCUAUAGGUCACGUCCUCUUUCAGGGUUGAAUUAUUUUAAGCUAUUUAUUAUUAUGUUAUUCUACACCUAAAUAUGUGUAAACCUUUUUGAGCAUUUGUGUUACAGUGUUAGCCCUUAGCGUUA